AUGAUGGCCACAAGAAUGAUGGAAAAAUUUCAAAAUUAUUGGAGUGGUGUUCAUGAUAUGAUGGGAGUUGCUGCAGUUUUGGAUCCUAGGAAGAAGAUGGUUGUACUUAGUUUCUGGUUUCCUAAGUUGUAUGGAGAAGAAUCAAGUGCACAAGUUAGUAGAAUUAAAGACAUGUGUUAUGAUUUGCUCAAUGAUUAUCAACAUAUUAAACUUAGAGAUGCACAACCUACUGCUCCAUCCAUUGGUACAACUGCUAUUAUUGAUGACGAGGCUGAAUUUGAUGCAUACGUUGAUACAAUUGCCGUUGCCGAAGACUCAAGUUCAAGUGUUAAGUAUGAGUUAGAUCAUUAUUUGAAAGAGCCAGUUAUAAAAAAUACUCCAGAAUUUGACAUUUUGAAUUGGUGGAAGGUAAAUGGAUUUGUGUAUCCAACACUUCAAGCAAUUGCAAGAGAUGUGUUAGCUAUUCCUAUCUCUACAGUAGCUUCUGAAUCGGCCUUCAGUAAUAGUGGUAGAAUAUUGAGUCCUCAUCGUAGCCGACUUAACUGGACUACCGUAGAGGCUUUGAUGUGUGCUAGGAGUUGGCUAUGGGCUGCUGAGAAUAACGGAAUUUUUAGAGUUGCAGAAGAAAUUGCUACUGUGUUGAAUGAAAUGGAGUCAGACGAUGAAGCUGAGUUGAUGGAAGGUUGUUUGGGUUACCAUUUUGAAGAUUAG